CCUGUGAAGCAUACAUUUACAAAACAAAAGUAGAUUUUUCUUUCUGUAUUUAGGAAAUAUUUAUUUAAGGUUAGGGCCCUCAGCUAGUUGCCACAGUUCAUCCAAGGAACUACAAGUGGAACGAUGAGGCAUGAGUCAUGUUCCCCUCACAGACAGAUCGGGCAGAACUUGAUUGUUCCUGCGGCUGUGAGGACGGUUGAUGCUUCUGGUCAGCUGGUCAUCCCGGGAGGAAUCGAUGGCAACACCAACUUGUACGCCACCCAGAAAGGCCUCAAUCCUUCUGAUGACUUCUACCAGGGAACGAGAGCGGCACUGGCCGGAGGAACCACCAUGAUCAUUGACCAUGUGCUGCCGGAGCCAGGCACUAGUCUGUUGUCAGCGUUUGAGACAUGGAGGGACGCUGCUGACCAGGAGGCAUGCUGUGACUUCUCCUUCCAUGUGGAUGUCACGCGCUGGCACGAUGGACUCUAUGAGGAGCUGGAGACUCUGGUCAAGGACAGAGGUGUUAACUCCUUCCUGUUUUUCAUGAGCUACAAGGACAGAUACCAGAGCUCGGACUCAGAGCUUUAUGAGGCUUUCGGUGUCAUCAGGGACUUGGGCGCUGUCGCCCAGGUACACGCAGAGAAUGGGGACAUUAUUGAGAAGGAACAAAAGCGGAUCCUGAGUCUUGGCAUCACUGGACCUGAAGGACAUGUCCUCUCUCAACCUGAAGAGUUGGAGGCCGAGGCCGUCAACCGAGCUGUGACUCUUGCAAAACAAACCAACUGCCCGCUUUAUGUUACAAAGGUGAUGAGUAAAUCUGCUGCCGAUGUGAUUGCCAAGGCCCGGAAAAAAGGGAUUGUGGUGUACGGGGAGCCAAUCACAGCCAGCCUGGCAGUGGAUGGCUCUCACUACUGGUCCAAAGACUGGGCUACAGCUGCCGCCCUCGUUAUGAGCCCUCCUCUCAACCCUGAUCCUUCAACUCCGCAGUACCUUGGCUCUCUCUUGGCAUGUGGGGACCUGCAGGUGACCGCUAGUGCUCAAGCUAGCUUCUCCACUGCUCAGAAGGCUGUGGGUAAAGAUGAUUUUACCCUUAUACCAGAAGGAACCAAUGGAAUUGAGGAGAGGAUGUCGGUGGUUUGGGACAGAAUAGUGUGCACUGGAAAGAUUGAUGAGAAUGAAUUUGUCGCUGUGACCAGUACCAAUGCUGCAAAACUCUUCAACAUUUACCCCCGCAAAGGGCGAAUCGCUGUUGGGUCUGACGCUGACAUCGUCGUUUGGAACCCAAAAAACACUAAAACUGUUUCUGCAAAAACACACAACUUGACAGUGGAGCUGAACGUCCUUGAGGGUUUGGAGUUUCAAGGGGAUGCCUCAGUGGUGAUCUGUAAUGGUCGAGUUGUUCUAGAAGAUGGAAAACUCAAUGUGACACAAGGGUCAGGGCGCUUUAUUCCAAGGAAAGCGUUUCCUGAUACUGCAUACCGGAGGAUCAGAGCUCGCAGCGAGAUGCUCAACAAUCAAGGUGUUCCUCGUGGGGUCUAUGAUGGUCCAAGCCUUGACGUAAUGACUCUGAACAAAUUAAUGAUGCCCCCACUGACCACCAAAGGGCCCCCUCGCUCUAAAAUACAGAUUUGCCCCAGAAACCUCCAUCAAUCAGGAUUUACUUUAGCCGGAGGUCAGAUUGAUGAUCAUAUUCCUCGGCGGUCUGUUCAGAGGAUUGUAGCGCCACCUGGUGGACGGUCCAACAUCACAACUCUGUCCUAAAAAAAGACCUUUGCUUGAAGUGUUCAACUUCAAACGUUAUGGCUUACAAUUUGAAAGCAUGCACUUAGUGAACAUGGAGUUACGAACCAACUACUAACCCUUCCUUUUUCUACAAAUCCUCUCCUGGGAUCUAAUUCUCCCAUACGCUUCAGUAGAAGAAUCUGCAUCCCGAUCGACUUCUCCCAUCGACUUAUGUUAUUUUGUUCUUACGCACUUCUGAGGCUGAAAUAAGUCAUGCGCCCCUAGAAAAUGGAAAAAUCAUAAUGCACUUAAAGUUUGGAUGCCGUGUACACCACAUUAAAAACGUAUACAAAAGAAUCUUCCAGAAAACUAUCACAUUUAUUCUGAUCUCUUCCAGACACCUACAAACAUCCAUUGAGAUGAGGUAAAAUACAGGUUAGGUUAGGGGUUAGGGUUAGGGGUGGGUGUUAGGGUUGAAUUUGUGGUUAAGGUUAGGGCAUUGUUAGGGGGAUAAAGCAAAAGAUAAAAUGGUUAGGGUUAGAGCAAGGCGAUCUAUAAAAAAGUGAAAAUCAAAGACAGGACGGUCCAUCACGUGUGGUUUGUUAUUUAGACCUCUCGGAUGUUGAGAGUCCAGUCUAAAAAUCCAAAGCCGUUCAGCCCUCUUUCUCCAUUUAAUAUUGGUCUCAAUCACCGCGGUCCUGACAUUCUGCCAGCCAUGUCGUAAGUCCUACCAGAUGCGUGUCUGUGUCUUUCUCCUUGGUGACGUUGUAUUCAUGUUGUACCAUUCGAGUAUCGACCACAUUUCUUGUCUCUCCCACGUAUUGCAUCUCGCAUCGUUGACACCAAAUUAAAUAAACACCAUUUUUUUGGAGCGACUGUGUCCUCGGCAUGCCAAUGUAAAAACAUUCCCAUUGUACAAAACCCAAAACCAGUGAAGUUGGCACGUUGUGUAAAUGGUCAAUAAAAACAGAAUACAAUGA